GGUCAAGGAGUCCUCUUGGCCAAGUCCAGCAAUAAAUGUAUAAAUGGCAGCGGCACAUGUCUAACGGUAAUUAGUUGCCCACUCAAGUGACCAUCAUGCACAUCACAGUUGUUUGCCUCCUUUUCACCUGGGGCCUGAGCCACAGUCACGCAGCCACGACAAUCCUGCAUGGCAACGGACAGGUGGCCAGUGCCGUAUCCCACCAGAGCUUCACCAGAUUAUCGUCAGCGGAGCCACUAGUCCUUCAGUCCCCAAAGCAGCCGCAUCAGCUGGUCAUUCCAUCCGCCAGGAUUGUUAAUCACCACCAAGCUGGGGAACGACAACAGGUCGAGAGGUUCUUCCAGGCGGCAACGGAGGAUGAGGUGGCCCAGCUGGCUACCCCUUCUGGACAGACACCCGCCCACCUCACCUACGCCGCCCAUCCUGUGGUGCACCAGAUGCUGCCAAGGAUUAAGCCCGUGCGAAACAUUAGCUACUCCUCCCUGAUCCCAGGGCCUCGCAGCCUUAACAGCCAUACCCAUCGGAACUUGUCACCCGUUUGA